UCCAGCAUGCAGAUCAAAUAUUGCUAACUGUGAAGUCGUAGAUUGUACCACUUCUUGGAAUUCCAUGUGCACAAAAUGCCUUUACCACAUUAAUGACGUAGUAAAAGCAUAUGAGUUAGUUAAUGGUCGGUGCAAACGACUUUGUUCGUGGAGAAGUGAUAGUAGGUCUUGCUUUCCUGGUAGAUGUGCUCCUUCAAACAAAAAGUGUAUUUGUGACACAGACUUUGAUAUGGAUGACAACUGCAUGAAAAUUGCUGUGCCGCCAACAGUAUCAAACUGCUCAAUACUAUUGCAACAUGACAAUGGAUUCAAUAGAGUUAUUACAAGCAAUAUUCCAUGUCAGCGAUCACCCAUUUCAACAAUUUAUUCAUCCAUACAAGGAAACGGUUUUCUCGUGAAUUGGCAGACCCUGUUUUCGGCGACUGAAUAUUCAUUUCCUUAUUAUGUCAACGAUUUCAGUGUGGGCGUGACUUCAGCCAUUGUCAAUUGGCAUAUUGAGAGAGGUGACAUUACAAUAUAUUCUGGAGAAAUUGAUUGUAGUUUAAACCACAAUGAAGACGACCCAAAUCCGGACACACAUGUUUGUACACGAUAUGAACAAUUAAUGGACAAUCUUCAAAACAACGACAAGUUAAUAAUAACAGCUUCUUCAACGAAUGGAGGGUUUAUUAGACUGAACAACUACGAUUAUUCAAUGGUCGGGACAAUCCGUGAGCCCGUGUACUACGAGGGUAAAACUGUAACAAGAUAUUUGACCGUAACUGUCGACAAUGAGGCGCCAACUCACUGUUCUGUUAAUGUCACAAGUGACACGACUUGCAUUGGAUAUGCACUUGACAUCGGUGAUCCAUACACUACCUCGAGUGAGCAGAAGGUUAAGUGGUCAACAUGGGUGGACCAUAUUUCAGGAUUGACAGCAACGUCUUAUGACUGCAGAAUUUGCAAAAUGGUUGAGAAUAAUGACGUGCUUUCUUUUAAUGGCACUUGUUACAGUCUUUAUCAUUUGAAAAUUGGAAAUUAUUAUGAGGCAGACUUCGAACUAACAUCUCCAGGUGUAUACUGUACCCUGUUGACCGUUAGUGACUUUGCCGGCAACGUUCGCCAUGCUCGACGUUGCCUUGUUUUUGAUGACCAAAGUGAAAUUUCGAUCGUAGACGAUAAACCUAUGGAGCUAGUGGUUGAUGGAGAAAAGCUUAAUCUUCUAGAAUCCGAUGCAUGGACAUCUACUGAUAAAAUUAUUAGAGUGUCAUGGCAGGGCCAUUUUGUUAACCAACUACACAUAGACCAAAGUAUGCUGCACGCUAUUGAAACUAACAAUGACGUCAUUAAUAAAGCCUACGAUUCGGAUGGUUUACCAACAGGACGUACUCUAUCGUCUAUUAAUAAUCGACAUGGAAUUGUUAAGUUUGAAGUUGGUGUCGUUAAAGAUAAACUUCAGCCAGAUUGGAUGGCUUUACCAAAUGAUCUG